AUUGGAAAUAUGACACCAACGAGGAGUCGCUUUUCUGCAGGUUAAAUAAUAGGUAUUGCGAGCAUAAACUGCACUGAAGGAUCUAAGUUUUCUGGCAAUUCAAGCAGUCUCUCUUGCCUCGUCGCCGCACAUGCCUUUUCCCAUCGUCUUUCGACUCUCCGGUGUUUGGGACAGCCCACAGAAUGCGUCCGGCCGAGUUGGAAAAUCCUCCCCAAGAAGCGCUACUGCGAGACCACAAGUCUUUAGGUAACGCUGAACUCGUCACUCUCAAUAAGACAUCUGCCACGAAAGCCUGGGCUCACUUCAUUGCUGGCGCGAGCGGCGGGAUGGCAGCAGCUGUCUUUACCUCGCCUCUCGAUGUGUUGAGGACUCGUUUGCAGGCCGACUUUUAUCGGUCACCUCCGUCUAUUCAUACUUCUGCUACGCCGAUGUCUGCUCGUACUGUCCAGCUUCUCAAUUCCUCGUGCAACCAUUUCCACGAAACACUCUCCACUCUCUCUACCAUUCGGCGCACAGAAGGCUGGCGCGUUUUCUUCCGCGGACUCGGUCCAAGCCUGACUGGAAUAGUCCCGGCGAGCGCAAUCAAAUUCCACACCUACGGCAACUGUAAAAGGAUCGUUUCAGAGGCAACCCACUGGGGAAAGGACGAGCCCAUGGUCCACAUGCUUUCCGCUGCAGCCGCUGGAAUAGUUACAGGGACGGCCACCAACCCGUUGUGGGUUAUCAAAACAAGACUUCAACUCGACAAACCGUACGGCAAGGCGGGUGGCAUUCAACAGCGUCAAUACAGGAACAGUCUGGAUUGCCUUGCGCAGACAAUGCGAGGUGAGGGUAUCAGAGGCUUAUACAGAGGUCUCUCCGCUAGCUAUCUGGGGACAAUCGAAAGUACUUUACAUCUCGUUCUGUACGAACAAUUGAAGAUUUCCCUUGCCGGAAUGGAGUCGGGGAGGUCUGGCCAUGGCCGAGAUGAUAGCGCCAGGGGUCAGGUCCAAGCAAUGGUCCGUAUGAGCAGUGCUGCGGGGAUAUCUAAGCUUCUUGCCGUUCUUGUGGCAUACCCUCACGAGGUUAUCAGGACGAGAUUACGUCAAGCACCAAGCGAGAAUGGACGCGUUAAAUAUACUGGCUUGGUCCAAUGCUUUCGCCUCAUCCUAAAAGAGGAGGGAUUCCUCUCCAUGUACGGCGGACUAACUCCUCAUCUUCUGCGCACCGUACCAGCUGCCGGUAUUGCCUUGGGCGUGUAUGAGCUGGUACUAAGCUUGUUUGGGAUGCCUUUGUAACCACCUGAAUUUCCUUUUCUUUCAAUUGUUUGCUUUGCCAUGUUGUGAAUUCGAAGGCAAGCUUUGGGUUGCAUUUAAUGUUUCUCUGGAGUCAUCGUUGCAUAACAGGCUCGAUUCAGGGUUUGUUAAUGGAUCUAGUUGUUGUACACAAUCGAAUCUGAAAAGCAGGCUCUUUCAUUUUCUCUCCCCUCUAAGUAGCGAAAUGCAAAUUAUUACCCAUCUCUGCUUUCUCUAGCACAGCAUAAUUUCAUUGGGUGG